GCACGCGGGAGCGGGAGAAUGGGGGGAACAAUAAUGGCGUCAAACGGCCGUGAUGGAUCCUGUGCGCAUAUAUAAGGUGGGACAGGGCCUGGGGUUCCCGGCUCGCCUCUCGGCCGUUGGGCAAGGUCAUCCUGUGUCCUGUUUCUCUUCAACAUCCUCCUCCUCCGCUUUCUCCUUUUACCCCCAUCCCCAUUAGACAGCGUCUUGAAACGCCGCCGCAACAGACAGCUCGCCCACCAUGUCUCUCCCCAAGGACUUCAAGUGGGGGUUCGCCACUGCCGCGUACCAGAUUGAGGGCUCGGCCACCGAGGAUGGCCGUGGCCCGUCCAUCUGGGACACCUUUUGCGCCAUCCCCGGCAAGAUUGCCGACGGCAGCUCCGGCGCGGUGGCCUGCGACUCGUACAGGCGCACCAAGGAGGACAUCGAGCUGCUCAAGUCGCUGGGGGCCACGGCCUACCGCUUCUCCAUCUCGUGGUCGCGCAUCAUCCCGCUCGGCGGUCGCAACGACCCCAUCAACCAGAAGGGCAUCGACCACUACGUCAAGUUCGUCGACGACCUCCUGGAGGCCGGCAUCGAGCCCUUCAUCACGCUCUUCCACUGGGACCUGCCGGACGCGCUGGACAAGCGCUACGGCGGCCUGUUGAACAAGGAGGAGUUCUCGGCCGACUUCGAGAACUACGCGCGCAUCAUGUUCAAGGCGAUCCCCAAGUGCAAGCACUGGAUCACGUUCAACGAGCCGUGGUGCUCGUCCAUCCUGGGCUACAACAGCGGCUAUUUCGCGCCCGGCCGCACGUCGGACCGCAGCAAGUCGCCGGUGGGCGACAGCGCGCGCGAGCCGUGGAUUGUCGGCCACAACAUCCUGAUCGCGCACGGCAAGGCGGUCAAGGCGUACCGCGACGACUUCAAGCCGACGCAGGGCGGCGAGAUCGGCAUCACGCUCAACGGCGACGCCACGCUGCCGUGGGACCCGGAGGACCCGGCUGACGUGGAGGCGUGCGACCGCAAGAUCGAGUUCGCCAUCUCGUGGUUCGCCGAUCCCAUCUACUUCGGCCAUUACCCGGAGUCGAUGCGCAAGCAGCUCGGCGACCGGCUGCCGACCUUCACGCCGGAAGAGGUGGCGCUCGUCAAGGGCUCCAACGACUUCUACGGCAUGAACCACUACACGGCCAACUACAUCAAGCACAAGAAGGGCGUGCCGCCCGAGGACGACUUCCUGGGCAACCUCGAGACGCUCUUCUACAACAAGCACGGCGACUGCAUCGGGCCCGAGACGCAGUCCUUCUGGCUGCGGCCGCACGCGCAGGGCUUCCGCGACCUGCUCAACUGGCUCAGCAAGCGGUACGGCUACCCCAAGAUCUACGUGACGGAGAACGGCACGUCGGUCAAGGGCGAGAACGACAUGCCGCUCGAGCAGAUCGUCGAGGACGACUUCCGCGUCAAGUACUUCCACGACUACGUGCACGCCAUGGCCCGCGCCUCGGCCGAGGACGGCGUCAACGUGCGCGCCUACCUCGCCUGGUCGCUCAUGGACAACUUCGAGUGGGCCGAGGGCUACGAGACCCGCUUCGGCGUCACCUACGUCGACUACGCCAACGACCAGAAGCGCUACCCCAAGAAGAGCGCCAGGAGCCUCAAGCCCCUGUUUGACAGCCUGAUCAAGAAGGACUAGACGGUGUUUUCUGCUGACGGAGUAGUUAGGACUGGGAGUUGGACGAACGAAGGGGGGGAUUUCUGGAUUUUGCAUACCACCUGCUGGUUGAGCCCAGGAGCGUGUAGUUACCUUACCGUCAUGACAGUUAUGACUUUGCGAUGAAUGCUGGAAUUCAGCGUUGCUUUCUCUGCUCUGAAAAAAAAAAAAAAAAAAAAAAAAAAAAAAAAAAAAAAAAAAAAAAAAAA